UGUCUGGCAGUAUGCAGCGGGUGCUUUGCCUUGGUGCCCAGCGAACGGUGUGCUCCCUGCCUCAAGCACAGCCUCACUAGGGCAACUGGGCGACGUUGGGUGGGGCCAGAAGCGGAAUGAUGGCUGCCUUAGCCUCAGCAGCCACCACCGCUGUGGCGGUGCCAGCAACAGCAACGACAGCAGCAACAAGCACAGGCGCAACAAUUGCUAAAGCCACAACAACAACAACCACUUUGGCUAGCAAGUUGCUCGGUCAUUUCCACAACCGGACGACGGACGCGAACGUGAAGAGCAUAGCGGAGACGGGUCUUGGGCCUAGGAUCGUUGACGCAAAUGGAGACGGUGACAGAGAGGGCGACGGGGAUGGAGGUGAUGGCAUGGGCAUCGGAAGCUCCUCGACGCCCACCAGCUACCUGUCCCUGUACGACGAUGUGGCGAGCGCAUUUGACGAGACACAAGCGGCGGAAGAAGCUGGCUAUGCGUUAAUUGAUGACAUCAGCGAAUGGCUGCUGGGUGCAGCCGGUGGGAACAACCUCAGCCUGAGCAGCGAGGCGACGCCCCUAAGCCUCGGUGGCAACAGGGCCAGUGCCAGCGACUUUAAUGAGACCCUAAGGUGGCUGACUCUGGACGUGGGUGAGGUUCAAAACAGCACGCUGCCCAGCAGCAGCAGCAGCAACAACAGCAGCAGCAACAACAGCAGCAGCAGCAGCAACGACUUGGAUGGUGACGGCGGCGGGCUCUAUGCGCUGCGCAACUUUGUGGAGCAACAGCUGAAUGGAGAGUCGGCACAGGAUGCGCAGGACAUAGCGCUUAUUGACAGCGCGGAGGAGAGCGCACUCGAGAGUGUCGCCGACGGGGACGCGGACUAUGGCGUUCUCGGCGGCUUCAAUGGAGCCCCCCUCGAGGCGGAUGUGGAUGCCACCAGUGAACUCCUGCAGCGCACAGCGGCGACGAUAACAAAUCGGACGACAGCCGGCGCCAGCUAUGAUGCGAACGCCGUCUGGCUGAGUGGUGCAGGAGCACACGCCGCCAGUGCGGGUGCGGAUGCCGCUGGUGCUGGCGGCGUCGGAGGUCGUGGUGCCGGUGCCGGUGCCGCUGCUGGUAGCGGUGCAGGCACGGGUGGCAGCUCGUUUAUGCUGCUGCUAGAGAAUUUUAACGAUUAUUUUCCCAACUAUAACGGCAGCACGGUUUCGGGCACAACAGUCAGCACGACAACGGCCAGCAGCGUUCUCCUCGAUCAGAACGUGACGAGCAUCUACUUUGAAAACUAUCGAACUAAUUGCACGAAUUCAUCGCUAAAUCUAACAACGGAAUCCUGUCAUGAACUGCGAAUUGUGGACCACAAUUACUGGGCGCUCAUCUUGAUACUGUUCCCGAUCCUAACGCUCUUCGGCAACAUUCUCGUCAUCCUCUCCGUCUGCCGCGAGCGGUCGCUGCAAACGGUUACGAAUUAUUUUAUAGUCUCAUUAGCCAUAGCCGAUCUGCUGGUGGCCGUAGUCGUAAUGCCAUUUGCUGUUUAUUUUUUGGUGUACUCUAUUAUUUGGUUAAAGUUGAAGCUUUCGUUUAAUUUCACAAUAACUGUGGACAACCUUUGGAAUUGCUGAGUUUGUGAACUGUGGAAUACACUGCCAGCUGUCAUCAGUUAUGCGAUAUACACAUCCAGAUAUAUGAAUGCGUGUGCAUAUAAAUGUGACAUGUAUGCACGUAUUAAUGCA